AUGUCGUUGUCGAUCUCCGAGACCGAGCUGCAAGAGAUCUACACGUUUGCGAUCGAGCUUUCGCGCAAAGCCGGUCGGGCGAUCGUCGAAGGUUCGUCGCGUCGGUUCGCCUCGUCUGCCGGGUUCGACCAGAAGAAGAACACGGCCGAUCUGGUCACCGAGACGGAUCAGGCGGUGGAGGCGUUGGUGAAGCGCGAGAUCUCGACCAAGUUCCCGGAUCACGAUUUCAUCGGCGAAGAGUCGUGGGCUGCAGGCGAGGAGAAUGUGAUUGGGGAGAAGGUGACUUGGAUCGUGGAUCCGAUCGAUGGUACAACCAACUUUGUACACGGGUUUCCCUUCACGUGUAUUUCGAUCGGUAUCGUUGUCGAUCGAAAGCCGACCAUUGGUGUAGUGUACGCACCGUUCAUGGACACGCUGUACCACGGAUGUCUCGGCAAAGGCUCGUUCCUCUCCUCCCCGCACCACCCGACGCCUCAACGUCUACCCCUCGCAUCUCCACAACCGCUCGGCUCGCUCAACCAGGCACUCGUAGCCUUCGAAUGGGGCUCCGAUCGACGCAGCGAGAUCCUCUCGAAGAAACUCUCGUCCUUCAGCAAGAUCACCGGCGAUCCCGAGGGCGGCGUCGUCGGCGGGAAAUUCGCCCAGGGCGUACGGUCCAUCGGUUCCGCCGCCCUCAACUUCUGCUCCGUCGCCAGCGGAAGCCUCGACCUCUACUGGGAGAUUGGUUGCUGGGCUUGGGACGUCUGCGCCGGCGUGGUCAUCGCACAGGAAGCAGGCGCCGCCGUUGUGGGCAGCCAGAAACACGCAACGGACGUCAUUGCAAAGGGUGAUGACUUCAACGUCGUCACAGAGCAGGUCUUGACCGGAAGGAAGUACGUCGUGGUCAGAGCCAUCGAUGGUAACGACGAGGGGAAGAACAGGGAGGCUCAGAAACACAUCUUGACCGAGUUCUACGGAUGCGUCGACGAGUGGGAGCCGUAA